AUGCCGGGUACCGUUGUUUGCGCGAGCGGGUACUUUGACCCAAUCCAUCCUGGACAUAUCGAAUACCUAGAACAGUCCAAAGCCUUGGGGGAUAAACUAUACGUCAUCAUCAAUUCGGACAAACAAGCGACGAUGAAGAAGGGGAAGCCAUUCAUGAAGUGCGCUGAUCGACUGAAGAUCGUGCGGAGCUUGGCGUUAUGAGUGCUUUUGUUUUGGUUUUUUGCAAUAUAAAAUUCAGGACUAUACUAACUUUUAUGACUCGUCAAGACCUGACAAAGACCCACUACUUUUCCACUCUUCUAAUGCAAUGCGUAGACGCUGCCAUCGAAGCCUGUGACGACGACCGCUCUGUCUGUGCCACUUUGAGGAUCAUAAAACCCGAUAUCUUCACCAACGGAGGCGAUCAGAAGAAUGAGGGUAGUGUGAUGGAAUCAAUGUUAAGCUUUUAAAAUAAUACGAAAGUAGAAGAUUAUGAACAAAUCGAAUAUCCUCCUAGUUUUUUGUUCUAAAGAACACAUCAUCUGAUCCAAAAUUCAGGUGUGCCAGAAGCGACUGUGUGCAAUGAGUUGGGGAUAAAGAUGGUGGACGCACUUGGAGACAAAAUUAAUAGUAGUAGUUGGCUUAUCGCUAAUAACAAGGGAGAGGAAGCGAAGGUGAAAGCUGAUCCGAAUGAAUAGAUUUGGAUUCCUUCGUCGAAUUCGUUUCUUAUUGGAGAAGAUCAAGACGUCUAGAAGUUCUUGCGUGUCUGAUGAGUGGAUUUUGAUCCACUGUUCAAAAAUGCCUCUUAAUGCUUCAUACGUAGUUUAUUCCAGCUGAACACACCCUCUAAAAUGUUUCUGUUGUACACAACAAUACGUGCCAACGAGGCUUCUAGCGCGGUUUUGGACCUCUACCCACCCUCCAAGAAGCAAGCAAAGCCCUGAUUUUUUCCUGUCAAAAUGCUAAUUUCUAGGAUGAAAAACUUCUACUUCAUAUCCGCCUCCCACCCCAGUGCGCAAAGGUUCGCCACCCUAGACGUUAUCAAAAACUACUGUGAAACGUGUACACCAACAGUUCGUCGUGAGUUGUAGAAGGCCCGACUGAGUCUGUGAUGAAACGACAAGGAACUGUUCG